UGAGCUCAAUAUUAUAUCAGGAGCAGCCCUUCAAAUGCAAAGAGAGCUAUUGUGGUUUAAGGAGGUGGAAAAGCUCAUGCAACCUACAUACAGAGAAAAGAAAAACAGGCAAGGUAAGACACCCUGGGUUUUGUUCACUGAAGAGCACAGAGACUUGAUGAAGGAUGGAGAGAAAUGGAUGCGGGAAACAGCCGCUCAAUCUAUGCUUGUCGCCACUCUUAUAGCCACUGUAGUUUUUUCAGCAGCCUUCACUGUACCAGGUGGUCACAGUCAGCAAACAGACACUCCUAUUUUGUUAAUGGUUUUUGCGGUGUCAGAUGGACUAGCAUUAUUCACCUCCUCAACUUCAAUCCUAAUGUUCUUAUCCAUCCUCACCUCACGCUAUGCGGAACAGGAUUUCCUCCAUUCAUUACCCUCUAGAUUGAUGUUGGGACUCACAACACUCUUUGUUUCUAUUAUAACCAUGAUGGUAACUUUUACCAUAACCUUUUUCAUAGUUUAUCGUCAUGGUUUCGCAUGGGUACCUAUUCUCAUUGCUCUAUUUGCCACGGUCCCAGUCUCUCUAUUUGCUUCACUGCAAUAUCCCCUCUUGGCAGAUGUAAUCAAUUCUACAUAUGGUUCUAGGUUUCUCUUUGAGCCAAGAAAGCACAUGUUUGACCAGUGAAAUCCUGGCCUCAUCAUUGCAGUUUUGUCCCGUAAAAUUUGUGGUUCAAGUAGAUGUAAUUUAAUUGUAUUUCUACUUUUUGCAUUUCGAAUUGCUUAGAAAAAUGUAUGAAGUUUGAGAGACUUCACUUUGGGGACGUUCUCUAAGUUCAGUGGACGUUCAAUACCAAUAGUAUU